AUGGCGGCAUAUCGUAUCUUAACUCCAUCAAAUUUAUCGGCUACCAAUAUCUCUAGGCUUGCCUCCGGAAUCUUAUCCUCACACUCUUGCCAUCGUAUACUACGAAAUUUAACUUUUUCAAACUCUCAAGAGUUUUACAAACGUGAGAUUCAAUCAAGCUCAGCUGAUCCAAUUGGAACGUUGCCAGAACUUUUACAGGCCCAUCUGGCUGGAAAAUCUGAUGAAGCCACUUUGGGAGCAACAUCUAAGUCAAACGACUCUAGAAAUCUUACAGACAAAAGCCCAAAACAUGCGCAUGAUCUGGGCCUAGUCAAGGAGCUUAACCAAAUUCGGUCGGGAAGGGAGGAAGAAACGGCAACAUCUACAACGAAUCGCCCGACGCCAGUUGGAUCCAAACCUCGACCGAAACUUCGUGCUAAAAGAGCUGCUAUCUCGCUCUCUCAGGCUGCUGUCAAACAACUUCGAGCUCUUCUCGAUCUUCCAUCGCCAAAGCUUAUCAAGAUUGGCGUUCGAAAUCGUGGAUGCAGUGGCCUAGCAUAUCACCUUGAGUACGUCGAUAAACCUGGCAUUUUCGACGAGGAAGUUGAGCAAGAUGGAGUGAAAGUUAUUAUAGAUGGCAAAGCACUCUUCAGCAUAAUCGGGUCUGAAAUGGAUUGGGUGCAAGACAAAUUAAGCCAGAGAUUUGUGUUUAAAAAUCCCAACAUAAAGGAACAAUGUGGUUGUGGCGAAUCAUUUAUGGUGUAG